CAAGGUGCUAGAGAUAACCAGAGGUGUCAUCCUAGACUACGACAAGAUGGUCGCGGCCACCUACCCGACGCGAAUGUAUCCUCUCGACAACGACACGAUACCAAGCGUGGAGGCCCAUUACGGGUCGGACUUCGUGGCCAACGCUGUCCGCUUCGCGGCUGGCGGUGGCAGUACCGCAAGACCUUUGCUGGACUUUGACGCGCUGUCGGCUGACUGGAGUGACCGAGAAGUGGCUCAACGCUUGCUGAUACCCGACUUCUACUACGCGCACACGGCGCAGGUCGUGCUCAACUACGGCACUGUCGGGUACUACUUGGCCAGACAAGCCUUUCGGGCAGGAUCGCCGUUGCAUUGCGCUGGGAACGACAGCCACGGCAACUCCUCAGCGGUAUGGGACUUGACUGCACACACGCGCUGCCUGGCGACCUACGUGAAGCACACCUCCGGCAUCGAAAUGUCUGGGGACGAGCCGUGGUGGCGGGACGCAGUCCAGGCUCGUUGGGCCGUCGAGGUCUCGUUCAGGGCGGCCGCGUUCCGAGACGCCAAGAUCGCGCAGGAGAGGUCGCUCAAGCAGCUCUUCUUCCUCCGCUUUGGCCACACAUUCUGCGCAAUGCCCCGCCGCAGCCAGCGGGACACGGCCGCGACGGCGUGUCGCGUGGCCACCAUGACACUGCCCGCGUUCGCCGGAGCGUUCGGGUGCCCCGUCAUGGUGGGCAUCGGGUGCUGACCACACGGUGACUGUAUGGUACAAAGAGUAAAACGAGAGUUACUUGCAGUCUAGCAGUUCGGCUUUGCAGUGCGCGCGAGUUUCUUUUAAAAUGUGCAACAUGCCGAAAGGGUUGGUGAAUUAUUUUCCUCACUACUUAGUGAUU